UGUGGCUGUGUGGUAUUUUCUUUCAAUCUGACUUUCGACACAUAACCAGCUAUACAGCAGGUGGCAUUAGAAUGGUCAGGCAUACUGUAUUGCUGAUAUUUCUCCUACUCGUUGAACAUAGUGACCAGUCACCUACUGGAAGAAUGAGAAAAAGUGGGAAAAGUUCCGUCGGUAACAAAAACUCUAAACCUAAGCCGGCCCCUUCUCCCGUUUACACCCUUGGACAACUGUUCUAUGAAAAUAACCGCCUUGAACUGCCAUAUAACCUUACAGAAAAGGAAAGUCAAGUGUAUGCUGCAAAUUACACCAUGUUCCCAGAUGGCGUUUACUACCCAUGGCUUCGACAGUCUGAUUUAUCAAGAAAUAAAGAAGAAUUCCAGGUCAGGUGCCUUAAUACCACCAUGAAAGAAAACAACCAAUGGCUUAAUAGACUUAGUUCAGAAGAUGAUACCUAUAUGAGCGUGGCAAUAUAUGUUUUAAAAUUUAUUUGCACAGAAAAUUAUGGAAAAGAUCCCAACAGGGCAGACUUAUUUGUUGGAGGACUAUGGAUGACCACAUUAGGUGUGAUUAUCUCCUUAGUAAUGCUAGGGUACGAUUAAAAACAAUGUAAAGUCUGUUUUC